AGCCUGAAGCAGACUAACAGCAGCCAGCUCCGACACACACAACUGCGAGUCUCGUGGUGGUUCCAGAGGCGAGAAGAGUCGGAGGUAGAGAGUAGAGGUAGAGGCUCGAGGUCCGUGGCGGCGCGAGUGGCUUUGGCUUGUAAAAUCCGUUGUAACGUAACGCAAAGGUGUGCCGUGGAGCGAUCGUCAUUGACCCGUUAGCCGUUCACCAGUUUACCAAACCACGCAUUGUCAUCGCCAUCGUCGGUCUUAGACUCUUGGCCUGCUCUUGGCAGCCUACACCACAGGAAAAUAUACAAUUAUUUACACUGCAUACAACUACUGUCCUUCCUGGUGAUAGUCUAGGUAAUUCACAAAUCAGAAGGUAUAGUCUAGCAGCAGCAGCAGUGGUGGUGGUGGUGGUGGUGGUGCUGGUGCUGGUGUACCACCUCAAGAACGCGAUCAGUGUGUGUUGUUUUAUCGUGCUGAGUGUUUUAAACCUGGUGAAGGUGCUACGGGAGUAACCAGGAGAGACGGGACGAGACUUCCAUACCCUGGAUACUUGGAGAUCGACAUAUUAAUAAAAGACAAGGACCGCGAUUUAAAAAAGUGUUUAACGACUGGUGUAGAAAGAGUGCGGGUGAGAGAAAGAAGGAACAAGCGGUCGCGAGUAGUGCGGCAGUGGUGGAGGAGGUGGUGCUGCUGCUGGUGAAGGCGGGUACGAGGGGCAGACUCGCUCGAGUGAGACAACACGACGACGACGACGACAAAAAGAACGACAGCGCGACCGAAGACCCACUCGCGAGAAGGAGAAGGAGAGAAAGAGAGUGCGUGGCCCCGUGUGUCCUGAGCGUGUAUUAGAGCGGCGCACACACGGUCUCCUCUGUGCUCUGAGGACUGAGGACUGUACUGACUGUACUGAGGAACCACAGAGUAAGAGCAUGAGAAGAGCAAAGUGAUAUUACAGCGUGGACGAGAGGUAAUAUAAGUAACCCGGUGUGCUCAGGAUGCUGAGCAUCAACCCAGCGAGGAAUAAAUCACGUGACUUGCGGACCGCCUGGCGAAGGUUAAUCGCCAGCUGAGGAUGUCGGAGCAAAACGGGCCCACGGAGGGCCCGGGCUGGUGGCCACCGGCACAGUCGUGGAAGUCGACUUCUACAAGCGGCUCAUCCCGCACCAUCGAGGCUGGAAAAAAUGUCUCUGUGACGACUAUCAAUGUGCCACCGGUCCACGAGAUGCACGAUGUCAAAAGUGUUAAGUAUCUGAGUGGUCAGAAUGGCGUGACUGUAUCAGUAGUCUCUUCGUGUGGGAGCAGCCCAAGUCCAAUAACGAACCCCGCAGAAUCGAGCUCGAUCGAUGACCUUGGAGAUAGCGAUGGCGAAGUGAGCAAGAUUGACUUCCGCGGAGUUAAUUUACGUACGAAAAAAAAACGUGAUGGGGAGUCUGAGUGCCCGAGCGUCGAUGACUCACAUCACCAGCAACCAGAACGUCCGAUGUCGUGGGAGGGCGAGCUCUCGGACCAAGAAAUGUCUUCCAAUACAAUCACUAAUCAAGACCACGAGGAAACUUCGAUGGAGGGCGUCCAGGUUUGCAGCGCGAGUCCUGGUCCUCAGGAACAAAAGUUUCCUAUAAAACCGGAGCCGGACUUUAGAUCGAGUCCAGGUCUAGGUAUCGGUUCACACGUGGACGCGUCAAUGCCGCUGUCACACGCUCAGCAGCUCCAUCAUCAUCAUCAUCACCAUCAGCACCAACAGCAGCACCAUCAGCAACGUGAGCUCGAGCAAAACCAGCAAAGCGACUUACCUCUGCUCGUGGGUAAACUUCUGGGUGGCUACAACAGUUCCACUCCUAAUCACAGCCCCGUUCUAAACCCCCGUCAUCACUUGACGAAACACAGUCACACGAGGUCACAAGUUCCGUCCCCAGACUCAGCAAUACACUCGGCCUACAGCGUCUUCAGUUCGCCGACCCAGAGUCCACACGCAGCCCGGCACUCAGCUCUGGGUGCCGGUAGUCCAGUUCCUUCCUCAUCACUCUCGCUGUCACGACACAGCUUCAAUAAUUCCACGUCCUCGCUCUCCCUAUCUCUGUCUCACUCCUUGUCACGGAAUAAUUCCGAUGCCUCGAGCAGUUGCUACAGCUACGGCUCUCUGAGUCCGCCCACUCACUCGCCCGUCCAGCAGCCAAGGCACGCCCAUCAUCAUCAGCAUCAUCACCAAGUACCACAGGGUAGUCCUUUACACCUGCCAGCAACCUCAGCUACCAACGCCCACCACUACUCAAAUGUUUCCGAGCUCGGGUCAGAAACCCACUCCGAGGCUGAUCAAGAGGACUGCAAAAUUCCAUCCGCACCCUCUGGUAUCUCAACAAGGCAACAGCUCAUCAACAGUCCCUGUCCAAUAUGCGGUGACAAGAUAAGCGGCUUCCACUAUGGAAUUUUCUCAUGCGAGUCAUGCAAGGGCUUUUUCAAACGCACUGUCCAGAACAGGAAAAAUUACGUUUGCCUGAGAGGCGCAGGAUGUCCCGUGACUGUGGCAACCAGGAAAAAGUGCCCGGCCUGUCGGUUUGACAAGUGCCUCAACAUGGGAAUGAAGUUGGAGGCGAUUCGCGAGGACAGAACCCGCGGCGGCAGGAGUACCUACCAGUGCACGUACACGCUGCCAGCAAAUCUCAUAGGCAGCUCCGCCGGGGGGAUUCCCGGCGAAAAAAUGUCUGGUAGUUGUGGCAGUCCAGCACCACCCGGCGAACAUCAUCAUUCCACACGGCAUCACUGGAAUCACUCCCACAAGAUCCAGGUAGUUCCCCAGUUGCUCCAGGACAUCAUGGACGUCGAACACUUAUGGCACUACAACGAUAAUGAUCGAAUGAGCCAAGCGAGCGGAUCAAAUGGAUCCAAUCAUCCUGAUACGUGUGGUCUAGGUUCUGGUUCUGGUCCCGGUGCUGGCAAUAUCGAUAGUAAUACUAAUGGUAGUAAUAAUAGUAGUAGUAAUAGUAAUAAUAAUAGCAACAAUAACAACAACAGCAACAAUAAUAACAACAACAACAACAACAACAGUAACAAUAAUAACGAAUCAAGACGCGCUGAGUCAAGGCCCAGUUCCGUUGCUCCAACGAAUCCGACGAAUCACGAGCAGCAAACCUCCUCAACCUCCGGAUUAUCAAGUACUGAUAAUUCCACAAGUGGCGCAAGCAAUCCCAGCAGUGAUACGACCGGCCAGCAACCAGACCCACUAUCAAAUUUGUGCAAUAUUGCUGACCAUCGACUAUACAAAAUCGUCAAAUGGUGCAAAAGUCUUCCUUUAUUUAAAAAUAUAUCUAUCGACGAUCAAAUAUGCCUACUUAUCAACUCCUGGUGCGAACUGCUAUUAUUCUCAUGCUGUUUUCGCAGCAUGAGCACCCCCGGAGAGAUACGUGUGUCUCUAGGCAAGUCAAUUACCCUCGAGCAAGCGCGACAACUCGGCUUAGCAACUUGUAUAGAAAGAAUGCUUGCAUUCACAAACAAUUUACGGCGAUUACGUGUCGAUCAGUACGAGUACGUCGCUAUGAAGGUGAUAGUCUUGCUGACAUCGGACACAAGUGAGCUGAAGGAGCCGGAAAAAGUACGGGCUUCUCAGGAAAAGGCGCUACAGGCACUGCAGCAGUACACCAUCGCAAGGUAUCCAGAGAUGCCGGCCAAGUUUGGCGAGCUGCUGCUCCGGAUACCCGAUCUACAGAGAACCUGCCAAGUGGGUAAAGAAUUGCUCAGUCAAAAACGCGCCGAGGGGGAGGGCAGCUCCUUCAAUCUCCUUAUGGAACUUCUGCGUGGCGAUCACUGAUGAUAAUUAAAUUCCUUAUAAAUAAUCAAUCCGUCACCUUAAUCUUGGGUCCAGCAACCGGUAAUCAGGUUUCCAGUUAAUAGAUAAUAUACUAGCCGAUGAUUAGGAAAAAAAUUUAUAAUUUAUAAUUGUUUUUAAAACGACUAAUUUUCGUAUAGUCCGCAGUAGCUCGCGGUGGGGGACAACUUUUUUAUAAAAAUUAUUUUACGCUGAUAGAUGACUACGAUAAUAAAUAUAUACAUAUAUUAAAUAUAUUGAAGAUAUUAAAAAUUAUAUAUAUAUUUUCUAUCAAAAUGCUUCCAGUGAAGACGAACAAGGGCUUGCAUUCCUGUUUUUUUUUAUAUACGAGUAUAAAAAUUUAUAUAUGUAUAUAAUACAUAUAUAUAUAUAUAUAUAUGAAUACAGGAGUUUAUUGCAACGGCCUUACACGGUUACGUUUGCAUCGUCCAAGCGUGGGUCCUGGUGCGAGUGAGACUGAAAAUUAUUAGAGGCCCGUAAAAACUCAAGAGGAUUGGACACGCGCUAAAUUAUUAUUAUUAUUUUAUUAUUAUAUAUAUUUACGAAAGGUAGUUUGUAAGUACUAAUUAAUGAGCGUGAGUGCAAACGGUAUGACAAAGAAUGAUUUUUUUUUAUUAUUAUUAACAGUAAUAAUUUUAAUUAUUAUUGUAUGAGAGUUUAAUUGCGAAAAUUAUAAAUUUUUUUAUAAAUCACCAGUAUUUCGUACUGUCUAAAAAAUACUUAAAGCAUAAUUUAUCCCAGUGGAAGAUGUACUUAAAACAAACUAAUUAUCGACGAAAACAA